UCGUCAUCCUCCUGACAUGACAGACUCCCACGCAGAGAGAACCGAAGAGCUGCUCGGGAAAAAAAGAGAGGGCGAGAUGGGAGAUGUUUCGCUGUUCGUGGAUGAUUUCCCGUCGAGCUCCGCGAUUCCGUGCUGCCGGAUUUGUCACGAAGCGGAGUUCGAGAGCGAACAGAGCUUGGAAGCUCCUUGCGCUUGUUCAGGGACCGUCAAGUUCGCGCACAGGGAUUGUAUACAGAGAUGGUGCAACGAGAAGGGAAGCACCACUUGUGAAAUAUGUCUUCAGAACUACGAACCCGGUUACACAGCACCUUCGAAGAAGGCUCAAUUGAUUGAAGCAGCCGUUACUAUUAGGGACAGCUUGCAAGUUCCGCGACUCGAACCCGAACCGCAGAGCCCGAGAUUGGCAACAGGAGUGCCGAUCGAAGCCGUCUACUCUGAGUGCGCCUCGGCUGCCAACCGGGGCGCCGCUUGUUGCCGGACAUUGGCUCUCUCGUUUACAGUUUUCUUGCUUGUAAGACACACGCUCGAUGUGCUCUCCGGCAAACCGGAAGAAUACCCAUUUACCCUCGUCACCGUUCUUGUUUUGAGAAUGAGUGGGAUUGUUGUCCCGAUGUUCUUAUUGAUUCAGACAAUCACGGCGGUUCAGAACAGCAUCCGGCAACGUUACCACGUUGUGGAUGAUGAAACUCCGAACCAUGAAGAAGAAGAAGAAGAAGAAGACGAAGACGACGACAACGACGACAAUGAUCGGCGGCGUCAACAUAUAGUUUGACGUUUCUUGUUGAUAUUCGUGCAAUUUUUUGUUUUCUUCUUGAUUCAUUUGGUGUAAUUUAUUGAAUUGCUGCUCUCAUCAUUUUGUGAAGAGCACCUCGUGCGAGAAUGAUGAGUAAUUAAAGAGAAGCAGAAAAUAAAUGUAAUUAUAUUCUUUCA